AAAGUUUUGUGACAAAUCGAAAUAUAUUGCCAAACAAAUUUAUUUAAUUGAAAAAUCAUAAAUGAAAAUAAAUAAAAAAUGUAUUAUAAUAAUAAUAAUGCAUUCAAGUAAUUUGAGUAACUAAACUGAAAUGUAAAGUUAUACAUUAUGCCUGGUGGAAGACGUAAUGCUGCUAGUAGAAAUGGACAAACCAAAUCUCAAGCUAACUUUUCUAUAUCCUCAAAUAUUGGUAUACGAAGUAAUAGCGGAGAAAGAACAGCUGGAAGUGGUGCAGAUGACAAAAAGUCAGAAGAAUUUUGUGGAAUAAAAGCACCAAAACAUGUACCUAUACCAAUUGUACCUGUGGAUGGUCAUUUAACUUUUGAAGCUUUGUCUUUAGUUGUGUCAAUUAUUGCAGCUUCUUUACAAAUGCUUAAUUUAUACAGAACUGUUUGGUGGUUACCUCAUUCUUAUAAUAAUUAUAGUAUGAAUUUCUAUUUAAUAGAUCCUUAUUUACUUAUAUUUAUUAUAACUAUGAUUGCAAGGCAGUUUAUUUAUUCUUUAUUGCGUCGAGUUAUUGAUAUUUCAUCACCAGUUCGUUGGUUAUCUAUUUCUCAAAAAAUGAUGAGAAUUACUUUGCUGAUCGUUGUGAUGAGUAUAUUGAGUUGGUGCCUCUAUCGUAUGGCUGAAAGACAUAACUCCAUGAAGAUUUUUUACUUAUGUUAUCCAAGUUUAUCUGUAUAUUUUGUAAUGUUUGGUGUAAGUGCAAUACCUUUCUUUGAUAUAUCAACAACAUCUUUAUAUGGUAAAGAUGAAAAGAAAACAAAGUUUCUGAUGGACAAACCUUUACAUAAUUGUUCAUUAAACGCAUCAGCAAUCAGAGCAGAAGUUUCAACAUUAAGAUCGGAUUUCAAUCGGCGUCUGAAACGUGCUUUGUUCGCAUCUUCUAGUAGUGCUUAUGUAUGUGGUAUAACACCCAUCAUAUUUGUACCUCAACAUUUACAUUUUAAUGUUUCAUGGGUUGUGCAGCAUGUUAUUAUGUUCUGGCUAGAAAGAAUAACUGCUCAUUUUUUACAUGCUUAUCCUGUGAGGUACUGUGACGUUUUACAUAGAGCAGCAUUACAUCUAGGUCGAUGGGUUAAAAUUGAAAAUCGCAAUAGUCAUACCUAUGCUCAAGCUUGGAAUGAUUCUGUUUUGUGGCCUCAUGGUUCAAUUGUAAGACAUAAUAAGGAAAUUUAUCGUUCAGAAGGUUUAUGUACUGUAGCAGAGCCAGGGAAUAUAGGCCAUUAUAGAUUUUAUGCUAUAUUUAGUAAUCCCACAGUGUUACUUUGUUCAUUGUUGGGCUUGCAGCUUCUUCUUGUUUGUGCACAAAUAUUUAUUUUAUUACGCACAACCGAUUGGUAUCAAGUGUUAUCAAUAACAUUACUUCUUGUGAUCAACUACUAUACUUUAUUUAAAGUUACUAGAGACUAUCUUAUUUGUUGGAAGGUUUAUCAUGCUGAACAAAUAAUACAAGAAAAGUCGCAAAUGAUUGCAAAUUCUAUUGUUCAAUAAAAAAAUAUUUUUAAAA